UUGAUGUUGUGAGAUCAAACGAGUUACACAAACAAAAGCUCAUCAUGAAACUAUUGCCGCUAUUGUUACUGACCUUGCUAGGUCUUUUCCACCUUGCGCCGCAGACGCAGGGGGCGAAAAUAUUGCUGACUUUAGGUUUUCCGGGUCGUUCCCAGUAUAUUUUUGUUGAGUCGUACUUCAAAGCAUUGGCAGCCCGUGGACAUGAAGUGACCGUCAUCAGCCCCUUUGAGAACAAACCUGUUCCCAAUGUUAGAUUUAUACUUGCUCCCAAAAUUAAUGAUCAUUACGAUGAAAUGCUUGCGGGUAUGAAUAUUUCUGGCGUUUGGGCACAACAGAAAUUCUUCUCAGAGAUGAUUGAAAAUAUCUGUGAUUGUGUUCUCUCUGAGCCAGCUGUUCAGAAAUUGAUGCAUUCCGGCGAAAAGUUCGAUGUUGUCUUGGCCGAGAUGGUGCAGACAGAAUCUUUAUUUGGACUGGCCCAACAUUUCAAUGCAUCGCUCAUUGGUUUCUCAAGCUAUGGCAAUGAUUAUCGUAUUGAUCUUCAUAUGGGAAAUAUAUCGCCGUUUUCCUAUAAUCCACUGCCCACAUUGCCUCUUUCGAAUCCAAUGACAUUUUUGGAACGUCUUAGUAACAAAUGGGAAGUUUGGGUAGAAAGAGCAGCUCAUUACUGGAUCCACUCGCCAGCUAUGCAAAAGCAGUAUGCCAAAUACUUCCCCAAUGCGAAGAAGACACUCGAUGAAGUCUUGGAUAGUUUUGAUUUCAUGUUACUGGGCCAGCAUUUUACUCUGAGUUAUCCACGACCCUAUUUGCCCAACAUGAUUGAAGUGGGCGGAAUUCACAUUGCUCACAAGCCGAAGCCACUGCCGGAGGAUAUCAAACAGUUUAUUGAGAGUUCGCGUGAUGGUGUCAUUUAUUUCUCAUUGGGAUCGAAUGUGAAGAGCAAAGAUUUGCCACAGGAAACGCGUGAUACUUUAUUGAAAGUGUUUGGAGGUCUCAAGCAACGUGUGCUUUGGAAAUUUGAGGAUGACAACAUGCCCAACAAGCCGGACAAUGUGUUCCUCAGCAAAUGGUUCCCGCAACCGGACAUUCUGGCUCACAAAAAUGUUAAGCUUUUCAUCAGUCACGGUGGACUUCUGAGUACCAUUGAAAGUGUUUACUUUGGCAAACCCAUUUUGGGUAUGCCCGUUUUCUACGAUCAGUUCAUGAACGUCAAACGCGCUGAGCGCAUGGGCUUUGGACUGGGAUUAGAUCUGCAGAACCUAAAGCAGGCCGAGUUGGAGAAAACCAUCAACACUCUGCUGACCACGCCGAGCUAUGGAAAUUCUGCCGCCCUCAUCUCAGAACGCUAUCGCGAUCAGCCAGAAUCAUCGCUGGAACGUGCAGUUUGGUGGACGGAAUACGUGAUCCGCCACAAGGGAGCUCCACAUAUGAGGGCGACAUCGCGAGAUUUGAAUUUCUUCCAACUGCAUGGCUGGGAUACCUCGGCGGUGCUGGUUGGACUGCCGCUUCUAGCACUUGUUGUGCUGGUCAAGCUGAGCUGUUGGCUGCUUAGCAAAGUCUUUGCAACUAAACCAAAACGAACUGAUAAGCAAAAGAAGCAUUAGGGACAUUUAAACUUACAAAAUUAUCAAUUUGUUAUCAAUUUUAUAGUUGCUACCAAUUAAGUAAUCGUAUUAAAUUGAAUUGCUGUAUUGUGAAAUUAUCUGUCACUUAUUGGGGCCAUACAGUCUGAUAAGAUGUUUUCACAAUAAAAACUUUAAAAGCACGGUUAUAAAUAAGCAGAAUAGAAAAACGGAUUGUAUACUGAAAUUUUGUAGGCCAAGAUAAAAGGUAAUUGACCUUCUCUGAGUAGUACAAAGCUGCGAGAAUAGAUGAGAUAGUUCUUAUCGACUACUUAUCUACGAAUAAACAUAAUACAUUUAAUAAAUAGAAGUAAUCAAAAAGUAAUGAAACACAAUGAAUUAAGUUAUUUCAGAAAAAACAAAUAAUCAAUCUAAAAAUUUAAAUAAACAACAACAAGUUUUAUGUCAUAACACGUCAUAAAUUAACUCAUUAUUCAAUCUAAAUAUAUAUUUAAGCUAAAAACCUGUUUAAUCUAAUCAACCUACUCUAUGAAUUACUGUGAAGUAGCGCGCUUAAUUUGGAUUGUGCAUGUGUGGGAAAUGUUUAAUAUAGCUCUGCGACAAACAAAAUAACAGCAAUUGAAGCAAAGUGCCCACAGCGGUUGCUUGUUUGGUGCGUAUACGUAACAUUAAUCGAAUUGACAUUGAAAUAUAUUAAACGAAUGCAAUGAAUUUAUA